AUGCACCGGGCUGCAUUUUCGGCUUCAUUCAAAACGGCCAACCGCCUUCUCCGGUCUUUAGAAAGUGGCCAGUUCGGCUUCCUCGUGGUCCGUCGUCAGCCCACCUCGACAACGCCGGCUUCGGCGGCGGCUGCCAUCGCCACUCGUGUCGCCCAGGAGCCCUUUCUCAAUGGCUCAUCUUCGGUGUACGUCGAGGAGAUGUACAAUGCCUGGGUGAAGGAUCCUAGCUCGGUUCACAAGAGCUGGGAUGCCUUCUUCCGAAACGCCUCCGCCGACGCUGAGCCAGGUCUUGCCCAUCAACGCCCACCCACUCUGUUUCCCUUCUCGGCCGGUGGUUUGCCCAGCGUUCCAGCCUCUGCUGCUGGACUUGCUUCCGUCGACUCGCACCGCGACAUUGAUGACCACCUCUCCGUGCAGGCCAUUAUUCGCUCCUAUCAGAUUCGCGGUCACUAUUUCGCGAAACUUGAUCCUCUUAAUAUCAAUGUCACUAAUCUUGACCGAGAUGGUGCAUGGCUUAAAGUCUACAAUCUCGGUAUUUACUCUUUUUCCUUUAAGGAAAAGGACAUGGACCGCCUUUUCAAGCUGCCAAACACCACCUUUAUUGGCGGUGGAGAGACUGUGCUUUCCCUUCGAGAGAUUUUGAAACGCCUUGAGAGUACUUACUGCGGACACAUUGGCGUGGAGUACAUGUUCAUCAAUAACCUGGAGCAGUGCCAGUGGAUUCGGGAAAAGUUUGAAACGCCUACCAUUAUGGAUCUUUCAGUGGAAAAGAAAAAGACACUGCUGGCUCGAAUGACCCGAUCACACAAGUUCGAGGAGUUUUUGGCCAAGAAGUGGUCAUCGGAGAAACGAUUCGGUCUGGAGGGUUGCGAAGUGCUCAUUCCUGCCAUGAAGGAAAUUAUCGACAACUCAUCUGAACUUGGCACCGAAAGUAUUGUCAUGGGCAUGCCUCAUCGUGGUCGACUCAAUGUUCUCGCCAAUGUGUGCCGUAAGCCACUGGAGCAGAUUUUCGCUCAGUUCAACAGUCUCGAGCCUGCUGAUGAGGGCUCUGGAGACGUCAAGUACCACUUGGGCAUGUCACACGAGCGUCUGAACCGCAAAACGAACAAGACCAUUAAGUUGGCUGUCGUCGCUAAUCCAUCUCACUUGGAGGCCGUCGAUCCGGUUGUGCAGGGAAAGACUCGCGCUGAACAGUUUUACCGCGGCGACACUCAAGGCCGAAAGGUGAUGAGCCUUCUGCUUCACGGUGAUGCUGCUUUUGCCGGCCAAGGCAUCGUUUACGAGACCUUCCACUUGAGUGACCUCCCCGACUACUCGACGCACGGAACUAUCCACAUUGUGGUGAACAACCAAAUUGGCUUCACCACCGACCCCCGUGUGGCCCGCUCUUCGCCGUACUGUACCGAUGUUGCCCGCGUCGUCAAUGCCCCCAUCUUUCACGUGAAUGCCGACGAUCCGGAGGCAGUGGUUCACGUUUGCAAAGUGGCCGCUGAAUGGCGAGCCAAGUUCGGAAAGGACUGUGUCAUUGAUUUGGUCUGCUACCGCCGAAAUGGCCACAAUGAAAUUGAUGAGCCAAUGUUCACGCAGCCGCUGAUGUACACAAAGAUCAAGAAGCAGCUGCCCACCCUGCACAAGUAUGCCCAGAAGCUUAUUGCAGAGAAAACCGUCACCGAGGAGUAUGUGAGUCAGCUGAACGAAAAGUAUGAGAACAUUCUAGUGGAAGCAUACAAAAACACCGAGAAAGAGGUGAAAAUGUACAACCGCGACUGGCUCGAUUCCCCAUGGAGUGGAUUCUUCGGCACUCGCUCGGAAAUCAAAUGCGACCCAACGGGCGUCUCGGAGGAGGUGCUCUCUCACAUUGGCAACGCCUUCAGCACUCCUCCACCUGGCAACUUUAAAAUUCACGGAGGUAUCAAGCGAAUUCUCAACUCUCGCUUGGACAUGGUCAACAACCGAACCAUUGACUGGGCCCUUGCCGAGGCACUUGCAUUUGGCUCCCUGCUCAAGGAGGGCAUUCACGUUCGACUUAGUGGACAGGACGUGGAACGUGGUACCUUCAGUCAUCGACACCACGUCUUGCACCACCAGACAAUGGACAAGACUACAUAUCGCCCCCUCUGUCAUCUCUACCCUGACCAGGCUCCGUACACUGUCUGCAACAGUUCGCUCUCUGAGUAUGGUGUUCUUGGCUUUGAGCUAGGCUUCUCCAUGACCAAUCCCAAUGCCCUGGUCAUCUGGGAGGCUCAGUUUGGCGACUUUUUCAACACUGCUCAAUGUAUUAUCGACCAGUUUAUCAGCUCAGGUCAGGCCAAGUGGGUGCGCCAAAGUGGUCUUACGCUGCUUCUGCCUCAUGGCAUGGAAGGGAUGGGCCCGGAGCACUCUUCAGGCCGUCCAGAACGAUUUUUGGAGCUGUGCAACGCUCCUCAUGAUGAGUUUCCGACCAUCGAUGAGUACUUUCCGCUGAAGCAACUGCACGACAUCAACCAGAUUGUUGCCAACUGCAGCACCCCGGCAAACAUGUUUCACAUUUUGCGCCGACAGAUUGCUUUGCCAUUCAGAAAACCUCUGAUCGUUUUCACUCCCAAGUCGCUUCUUCGACACCCAAGCUGUAAAUCUUCAUUUGAUGAGCUGUUGCCAGGAACUGAGUUUAGACGACUUUUGCCUGAUGAGGGCGAGCAAAUCAAGGCGAGACCUGAAGCAGUUAAGCGUCAAAUUUUCUGUACGGGCAAAGUGUACUAUGAACUCAUCAAGGAACGUAAUGCCCGUGGACUCGAUGACCAGGUGGCCAUUACUCGCAUUGAGCAGCUGUGUCCGUUUCCGUUUGAUCUCGUCCGUGAUGAACUGCUGAAGUAUCCCAACGCCGAUGUGAUGUGGUCGCAAGAGGAGCACAAGAACCAGGGCUGGUUCAACUUUGUCCUUCCCAACUUGCAGUGCGUGCUCAAACAUCUCAACAAGGAAGAUAUGCGUGUCUUGUAA